UGUGGCGCACGGGCUUAGUUGCUCCGCGGCAUAUGGGAUCUUCCCAGACCAGGGCUCGAACCCAUGUCCCCUGCGUUGGCAGACAGAUUCUUAACCACUGCACCACCAGGGAAGCCCCCAUGUUGUUCAUUUUUGUCUCCAGACUAGUUAUCACUGGGAGUCCUGGCUCUGGAGUCCACUAAGCCUGGUUCCAUCCAGUUCCACCAUUUAUUAGGCUUGUGACCUUGAGCAAAUUAGCUGACCUUGCUGGGCCUCAUUUUGCUCAUCUCUAAUAUGGGAGUUGACUCACAGGGUGUUAGAACAAAUGCACGUAAAGCCCUUAGCACAUUUCUACACGUAAUACACAUUAGUGAAAAUGAGACAUUAUCAGCCGGACAUUGCUGUUUCAAGUUUCAAAAUAUGGAAACACUGACCCAGAAUUUGAGGAUAAAAAUGAAGUUUUUUCUGUUACCCAAUGGAAUCUCCUGGGCCAGAGGUUUUAACCUGGGGUCUGUGACAACCUCAGGGAGUAUGAAUGAGUUGAAAUCAUUCACAAGGCUGGGGCAUCUCUGCCUCUGCAGAAAUUUGUUGGGAAAGGGCCAUGGUUUAUGAGACAUUUUUAGAGCGUCUUUGCACCCACAGAGACCUAAGGGUCAGUGAAAGCUGAAGCUCAGUGGGUGAGAGGUCACCAAGGUCAUUUCUGCUCCUCGAGGAGCCUGGCCUUAGUCAGCCUAAGUGAAGCAGGAGACGGUGUGGUCAGCAGCCCUCUUGGAAGAGCUGUAGGAGAAGCUGUCAUGAAGGUCACUCUCCAAUCUGAUGUGAGGCUGCCCCUCAGCCUUGGCAUUUUGUUUCUUUCCAGGCUGUUCUUUCCACAAUAAAUAUAUUAGAAACAAGGUCAAGGCUGGCUGGCCAUCCUGGGGAACAUCCUCCCAGCCUGGCCCACCUCUCCUCUAUGUUGCAUGGGGAUGGGAGGUGGGCUCUGCACCCUGUUGCUUUUUCUGGACUCAGGAAUGCUGCCUCCUGGCUAUGAGUGCAAAGCUUUGUGGAAGAUUUGGAGUCAGAAACUAUAAAUCCUGUAGUUUGCUGGACUCUGUGCUGGGAGGUUGAGGAGGUGGGGUCGGGUGUGGCAGGAACCACGCUGGAACCCUCACAGCCCAGAGCUGUGUUCAGGCAGAGGAAUGAGCCCUGGGUGUGUUGAUAUGGCUUUGCACGUGGGGUUGGAGUCAACAGUUGAGUCUGGAAAGGAGGACCCAAAUGUGUGGCAUCUGAACAGUGACCUGAGGGGAGGGCGGGCAUCAUGGCAGGAGGACUCACCUGUGCAAAAGACACAGGGAGCAAGCACUCAGAGAGUUCUGGUGUGUUUAUGUGUGGAGCUGGAUGGAGAUAGGAGAGAAUGGCUGAGGAGUCAGGGAUGGGUGUGGAUAGCCACAUGUGGAGCUUUGGGGGUUUGACCUUUAACCCAAGGGUGAGGGUUUUGUAGGGGAGGGACAUGGACAGCCUUGUGGUUUAGAGCUCAGGGAUGCAAAGUUAGCAGAAAGCAAGCAGUGACCUUGACCAGAGAACCCAGUAUCAGCACUGAUGUACUGGGUGAGCUUGGGGCAACCAGCUGAACCUUGGUUUUCCCACCUGUAAAGUGGGCUGACAGUGGAAUCUGACCACAUGGCGAUGUGAUCACGACAUAGAGAUAAACACAUCAAGGUCAAGAAGGCCUCGAAUGAGGUUGGUGUUGGCCUCAGCAGCCCCAUUUGACAUCUUUAAAGCAAAGUCUUCAGUCCACAUACCUUUGAAGGUUCCUUCUCCCACUUUCUGGGAGCCCCUGAGCAGUCCUGUUCCUCAGGAGAGCUCACUCUGCCCUGUCCCACUCCACCGGGCCAAAGGGGUCUUCUUGUCCUUUUAUCCCUCCACCUCUUUACUCUACCACUACUUCUGCCAAGUAGUUUUUGUAUUAGCAUGUUAAUCACACUGUUAAGAACAAUGUUGAAAAAGGAAAAAACACCCCCCCACUUCCUUCACCUCACUGUCCCACCACAUGGCGCCACUUUUUUUUUCUUUGGAUGAGCUUCUGGCCUUAUUUCCCCUCAUCCUCCAUCUCCAGCUUCUCGGUUUCCUGCCCUAAUCUCUUUCUGAGGCUCUAGACAUUUGCUAAUGUUGUUUCUUCUGACUGGCAUACUCCUUUCUCCAAGACCUUCCCUGAGGGCUGCUUAGGACAGAGCGGGAGAUGGCCCUCAUCCAUUCCUCCAGCUUUCCCCCUGCCCCAGAGUUCAAGAUGCUCAGCAAGGCAUCUUGAGAGCAUGAUGUGGUAGGGUUGGGCCACAAUGAGUGAGCCAAGCAUAGUGAAUACUAGGGUGGAAGGGGCAGAGAUGCGAGAUGUGGGGCUGUGUCCUGCCUCCAGUAACCCAAGUUUGCAUGUGGUACAGUCACAGUCUGACCCCUUGGAAAUGUGACCAAGACAGAGCAGCUGGGACUAGCUGUUGAUCCUAUGUUUUUCCCAUUUGUUGAUGUAUUUCUUGGCAGAGUGUGAACUGGGAUACACCUUGUCCCAAGCAGGCGUGACCGGGUCCAAGCUUUCUCCUCUGCUUGUUUUAGACUUUCCUGGACAUUUCUUAGUCAUCCCAGCACUGAACUGCUAUUUUUAGUGCCACCACCUCCUAGGGGACUUAAAAUAAAGCUGGCUCAGCUUCCUGGCCCCUCAUUGGCUGGAGUGUUGGUCACAGGCAGGGAGAUUGGCUGGAUUGGGGAUAAGCCACUGCCCACUAACACUGUCCUUCCCUCUGGCUCUUCUGGCCUUGGGUGAGGUCAUAGGGACUGGAGCAAACUAGCACUUAACCAUGUUGAGUUGAGGGCUUUACUAGGUUCCCUUAGUGAGACCACAACCACUGGCAACCUCAGGGUUCCACCCUCUUAUAGAGAAGGGGGCUGAGGCCCUAAGAAGUGCAGUGACUUGCGUGAGAUCCCACUACUGCCAAUGGUUGUCUGCCAGGGCCAAACCCACCUCCUUACUGCUUUGGUUCAGAGUUCCUGUUAUUAGGAGAGAGGGGGUGGGCUCCUCUACAGUCAGAGAUGACUACAGAGCAACACACAGGUCUGCUGUCAUGGAUCCUGCAGGGAGAUGCACGCCACCCUACCCGGGCCUGCCAAAGCGUCUCAACGAGGCCGGGUGACGCUCCAGAAUGGGAGACAAGCCAAUUUGGGAGCAGAUUGGAUCCAGCUUCAUUCAACAUUACUACCAGUUAUUUGAUAACGACAGAACCCAACUAGGCGCAAUUUAUUCAGGGCCAGUUCAGAAAUUUAGAAGAAAAGAAAAGGAUCUUACCAGUGGAAGAACAAAUCCAGCACAGAUUGACGCGUCAUGCCUUACGUGGGAAGGACAGCAAUUCCAGGGGAAAGCUGCCAUUGUGGAGAAAUUGUCUAGCCUUCCGUUCCAGAAAAUCCAGCAUAGCAUCACGGCGCAGGACCAUCAGCCCACGCCAGAUAGCUGCAUCAUCAGCAUGGUUGUGGGCCAGCUCAAGGCCGAUGAAGACCCCAUCAUGGGGUUCCACCAGAUGUUCCUAUUAAAGAACAUCAAUGAUGCUUGGGUUUGCACCAAUGACAUGUUCAGGCUUGCCCUGCACAACUUCGGCUGACCUCCUCCCAGCCAGGCACUCAUGCUGUUUCCUCCUCCCUCCUCUUCCCGAUAUUAUUCAUGCUCCUCCAGAUGCUCCAAAUAUCAUACACAAAUGAGCAGGGCCGCGGUGGGAGUGGGCGCAGUGCGCUACUGCUGCCGAGGUAUUGUGCAUGAUGUUUGGACGCUAGACUAGUUGCAUCUGAUGGGAGAAGUUUGUGUUGUACCAGCGCAUGCCUUGGAAAGACUUAAGUAAUGCGAAAGGUUGUCUUUUUUUUUUUUUUUUUUAAUCUACUGACAAGUUGCUCUAGUAACCCAAAGAAGUGAAGGAGAAAGCAGCUGCCUCACCACCGAGAUAUUGAUUUGUUCAGAUGUUUCAAUGCCUCAUGAUACAAUAAAACCACAAAAAUUUUCUUAACAGUUUAAAUUGUUUUAAUUAGUUUAAUAGUUGGCUGGGCAUCAGUAACUACCCUGCCUCAUUGGCUCUCUCAUGUCUCACCCUCCCACCUCUGCCCCACUUCAGCGAUACCUGUUGCAAGGAGAAAACGCUGAAGCAGCACUCUCAGCUGGCUUCUCUCAGAAGCCCUGUAGGGCAUAGUGUUCCCUCCAUGGCCCACCUGGUCUUGGGAAAGUGAGCUGCAGACAGGCAGAGCUCAGGUCUGACCUGAAGCUUCCCUUGCACUGAAGCCUCUGCAGUCAGUUCUGACACCUCCUGUGAUGUCUACGCUGGGUAGGGUCAAGGCUCUAAUGACAUGUGAGAUGACCCAGAACCCCAUCGAAGAUGGAAAAGCCUUGGCAAAAAUGGCCCAUUAGCUUCAGGCCCUCUGAACUGAGGGCUCAGCAAGGCCAAGUAUGAGCAGAGGUUUGAGGGAGAAGGGCCUGUUCUAUCCACAGAAGGGUCAGGAUCACAUCCAGUGUGCCCUGUAAAUCCCAAGCCAAGCAGAGGGCAGCUCUGAUGCUGUACCAUCUGCUGUGGAUAUCAUUACCCAAAGGGGAGUAACUCGAACAGCCAGCCUCCAAUGCCCAUGGAGCCAGGCCCGGUUGGGUUGGAGUAUAGAUUUAGAACUACGAAAGAAAGCAUUCUGAGUUUGAGGGAUUUAGGUUCUAGGAUUUCUCACCCCUGAGACCUCUGCAAGGCAUCUCUAGGCCUCCUCCAAUUCCCUCCCUGACCACACACACACCCCUUCACACUAUCUUCAAAUCCCGGGAAGUCUCAGCUGUUGGGGCAGUUUCUGCUCCUCAGUUUUGGGGACAAGCCUUGCCUAGUACAAAUCUAGCCCUUGAGCCCUGAGACCUUGGUGGUGUAAAACUCGUGGCAAGGUAGCAACCACAGGCUAGAACCAAACCCAGGACUUGGGCUGAUGCCCUGUUAGGGGUUUUAGGAUUGGUGAGGGCACCAUAGCUUUGCCUGACCUGCACAGCCCCCUUCCCUCCUGCACUAUGGAUGGAAGCCAAGGACUUCCUCAGACCCCCACUGGUUGCCUGGCUACACUGGGCACUGGGCUGGAUGAUGUGCUGUUUGAAAGGACAGCAUACUCAGGAGAUUUCAAUGGGGCUGAUUUCUUGGCUGCUGUGUAUUUGGGGGGUGGAGUUUGGGGAGAGAGGUAGAAACCUGCUACCUCUUAAACCACCCUGUAUAAAAUCUGCAAUACAGCUUUUCCAUGUAUCUGUGCCUGAAAUGUCUGCAAUAAAGAGGUGUUUGUAAA